AUGGCAGCAGCAGAUGAUGACUUGGUGGCCUUGAACGACCGGCUGGAAGAAAGCAAAGAGGCCCGUGGAGUGCGUGGAGGUUUAGGGCGUGUCAAAGGUGCACAGCAGACUCCCUGGGGACAGGGCUUCUUUCUUUCAGCAAAGACAAAAUGGGAGCCCGCAGGAAGCGACCCGCUGUACAAGCGAUUUACCCGCGGCCCAGUCUUGGGAGAAGCCAAGGCCGAUGCUGACAUUUGGCGCAGGCACGCAGAGGUGGCACUUACGGAAGCAGGUGGUGAGAUGACUUGGCAGGAGCUUCGGGAUGAGGUCGUGGCUCGAAGACGCAAGGACUUCGCACAAGGAGACCAGGUUGACACCUCGCUGUGGCCAUUCAUGGCACUGGCUUAUCUGCCCGAGAAGAACGUCAGGCUUUUGCGCACGAUCAAUGCUCAGCCAAAGGCAGUCCGUGUCCAGUCGCCGUACAGCGACAAGUCUGCGAAGGUAGAGCAAAUGUCGCCGGUUCAAGAUCGAUACGCUAGAAGGCUGAAGCUCCAUGUGAAGCUGCAGGCUCCCGGCCCCGGAGAACGGUUUGCAGUCCUCGGAUCCCACGAGGCAUUUGGAUACUGGAAUCUCAGCUCUGGGGUGCAGCUGGAAUGGAGAGGUAGUGCCUGGGAGACCCCGGCUCCAAUUCCAAUCUCCCCUUGCGAGCGCGUGGAAUUUAAAUUUGUCCGCGUUCGGCCUGGUGGACUGGAUUGGGAGAGUGGCCCCAACAGGGUCACGGAGUUCCCAAAUUACAAGGGUGAUUUGUGUCUCCAGGGGAUUUUCAAUGGCGAAAGCAUACUUCAACCGAGCGACGUGGACGAUGCUGAGGGUAUCUCAACGCCAGAUACCAUGCCAUCAGCACGGGUGGAAGAUGACGCAGACUUGUGGCAGAUGCGAUACCAGGAGGCUGUCAAACAGCUCACUGCUCUGCAGCGCAAUGUGGCAAACCGGCAGCAAGAACAGGAGAAACACCGACGAGAUCAUGCAGAGGUCAAGCGCGAUCUUCUGAGGAAGAUCAAGGAUGCUCAUCGUCAGGCCGCCAGUCUGUCCCGGCAGCCACCAGAGGAUGCUUCAUCUCCAGAAAGCGUCCAGUCCGCUGGAGCAGAGGAAGAUGCGGAUUUAUGGAAGCGCCGGUUCGAGGCGUCGGUGACGUCACUGACGGACCGUCAACGAGAAGUGGCAGUCCAUCGUCAGGAGCUUGAGAGACGUCGGGCCGAGCACACGGAGGUCACUGACAGCCUGUGGAGGCAGAUUCAGGAUGCACAAGAGGAGGCACGGGGACUGUCUGGACUUUCGCAUGAGGAGGUGUCUGCGCGGCUGGAGGAGAGCGCUCAGCUUCAGCGCCUGGAGGCACCAGACAUUGCAACAAUUCCGUCGCCCUCCUUCGCAUCUUCCUUGCAGUCAACACCCUCCAGAGCACAUGGAAAGGCGACGCCUCAAAGGAGAGCCGGCCUCCACUUUUCGAGUCCCCGUCUCGAGACAGGGCGCGAGCCUCCAAAAGUCUUGCCUUCAGCGGUUCGGAGGGAGCAGCAGUCCGCACGCCGAGAUGGACGGGUUCCGGAAGUUUUCCCAGCAGGCGUGCCGCCUGUGGGCCAUCAUUCCUCUGCUCUGGAGACAUGGCGCCGAAACUCAGGUGCGCGAUCUUCUAAGUCGGAGACGGCGCUUGCAGCGCUGCGAGCUGCCAAAGGAGCAUCUCCUGUUUCGCCGCACAGUGGGGAAGAGGAAGAUUCUCAGCGCCAGACCCAGAUCGAGAAAGAGGCGUCCUCAUCAAGCAUGGGUUCUGGCCAGCGGUAUGAGCGUGUCACAAGGCCUGCGCCUGGCAACCCCGAGGAGGCAAAGGAGGCAGAGCCGGCAGAGUCUCGAGCAGAAAGUGAUCAAAGUCCCGUGGUGGUCUCCAAAGAGGUGGCUGCAGCCUUUGCUUCCGCCAAAGCCCGACUGGCCAGGCUAAAGCCAGUAAAGGAGGCUGGAACCAGCGAUGACUGA